UGGCGUGCCGCGUUGGGCGGGGCUUGGCUGAGGGCAGCGAUGGCGCUGAGCGUGGCCGUGAGGGCAGCGCGGGGCAGGUGGGCGCGCGGCCUGAGCUCGACGGUGCCACCCGCGGGUGGCACGGGUGGUGGCACGGCAGGUGGCACGGCAGGUGGCACGGGUGACACCAUCUUCGCGCUGUCCUCGGCGCCGGGGCGCUGCGGCGUGGCCGUGAUCCGGGCCAGCGGGCCGGGCAGCGCGGGGCUCCUGCGCAGCCUGACCGGGACCCCCGGGCCGCCCCCGCCCCGGGUCCUGGCCCUGCGCCGCAUCCGCGACCCCCGGAGCGCCGAGACCCUGGACAGGGGGCUGGUGGUGUGGUUCCCAGGGCCCAACAGCUUCACCGGGGAGGAUUGUGCCGAGCUGCACGUGCACGGGGGGCCUGCCGUGGUCAGCGGGGUGCUGCAGGCUCUGGGCCGCUUGCCGGGGCUGCGUCCGGCCGAGCCGGGCGAGUUCACCCGCCGGGCAUUCGCCCACGGCAAGCUGGACCUGACGGCGGCCGAGGGGCUGCGGGACCUGAUCGCGGCCGAGACGGAGGCGCAGCGGCGCCAGGCGCUGCGGCAGAUGGAGGGGGACCUGGGCCGGCUCUACCAGCGCUGGAGCCACGCCCUGACCCAGGCACUCGCCCACCUGGAGGCCUACAUCGACUUCAGCGAGGAUGACAACGUGGAGGAAGAGGUCCUGGCCCGAGUGGCGGUCACCGUGCGGGCGCUGCUGCAGGAGAUCCGGGGCCACCUGCGGGACGGGCGCCGGGGGGAGCUGCUGCGGGGGGGGGUCCGGGCGGUCAUCGCCGGCCCCCCCAACGUGGGCAAGAGCAGCCUGCUCAACCUGCUCUGCCGGCGCCCGGCUGCCAUCGUGUCACCCUCGGCGGGCACCACGCGGGACGUGCUGGAGGUGGCCCUGGACAUCGGGGGGUACCCGCUGCUGCUCAGCGACACCGCGGGGCUGCGCCGCGCCGCCGACCCCGUGGAGCGCGAGGGCGUGCGCCGGGCACGGGAACGGCUGUGCCAGGCCGAUCUGGUGCUGGCAGUGCUGGAUGCCACCUCGGUGUCACCCGCGCCGGCGGCUCUGGGGGCGGCGCUGGCGGCGCUGGAGCCGCCCCCGGGCACCCCCUGUUUGCUGGUGCUCAACAAGGCCGACCUGCUGGGGGGGCCCCGGGGGUCCGCGGGUGGUGACCAAGGACCCCCGGCCGCCCUCCUGUCCUGCGAGGGGUCCCCGAGUGCCACCCCUGCCCAGGGACCCCCGGCCACCCUCCUGUCCUGCAAGACGGGCGAGGGGCUGGAGGCGCUGCUGGAGCUGCUGGCCCAACAGCUGGCACAGCUCUGCGGGGACCCGCUCUCGGGCUGGCCCAGCCUGACGCAGAGCAGGCACAGCCGCCACCUCGGGGCGUGCGCGGCGGCCCUGGCGCGCUUCGGGGACCUCGGGGACAGCGGGGACCUGGCGCUGGCGGCCGAGCAGCUGCGGCUGGCACGGCGGGAGCUGGGCAGGAUCACCGGCCACGUGGGCGCCGAGGACGUCCUGGAUAUCAUUUUUAGGGAUUUUUGCGUCGGGAAGUGACGCUGGCACUCCGUGGGGUGGGGUGGGGUGGGGUGUCACUGGGAUUAAACCGUGGUGCCUUUGGUGGC